UUAAAUAUUGUUCUAUUUUAUUUGGACUUUUACUUUGGUAAACACCGGAAGUGGUGUGACAGGUCGCGCGGUGUAACUUGACCCCUCGCGGCAGAAGGGGGCGUGUCCGCGCGCUGUUAGCCGCGCUAGCCGCUAGCUGAAGUUUCACUUUGGAGCUUCCUGGAAAACGAAACGGGACGCGGCCGCGCCGUGUCGUCCAUGUUCGACUGGAGCUCUCCGGUGACAUUACCGACUUCCUCACGGUUACCGGGCGCGUCACAGAGCAGAGCGGCCACGAGCACGCAGCAGCUCCGGAUCACUCCGCCUAGCUGUUAGCCGUUAGCAUGGAGGGCGCUGGGAGUCCCGACGAGAAGGCGGCGGAGCGGCUGAUGGACGAACACCUGAAGUCCCUCGGCCUGCACCGGAAGAAGGUCGCCAAAGACGGCUCGUGCCUGUUUCGAGCCGUGGCGGAGCAGGUGCUGCACUGUCAGAGCCUCCACACCAGAGUCCGAGCCCAGUGCGUGGACUUCCUGCAGCAGAACCGGGACAGCUACGAGGCGUUCAUUGAAGGUGACUUUGUGGAUUACCUGGACAAGCUUCAGGACCCGCAGCAAUGGGUGGGAGAGGUGGAGAUCAACGCGCUGGCCGUCAUGUAUAAGAGGGAUUUUCUGAUCUUCCAGGAGCCUGGAAAACCAGCCGUCAACAUCACAGACAACAACUUCAAGGACAAGGUGCGGUUGUGUUUUCUGAACGGGAAUCACUACGACAGCGUUUAUCCCAUCAGCCGCGUUAAGAACGCCGCUCUGUGCCAGUCCAUCCUGUACGAGCUGCUGUACGACGACAUCUUCAAAGUCGACCGCAGCUUGCUGGGCGCGUGUCAGCGGAUCAGCCGACCCUCCGACUUCCUGAGCGACGACAACAUGGCCACCUGCGUCAGCAGCGACGAGUCCGACCUGGACGCCGGCGACGCGCUUUGGGUGGAAAACGGAACGAACGUGACGACGACGACGAGACACAGCAGGGGUCGCGGGCGUGGCCGUCACCUGCUGCCUGAGAGGGUGAGGCGUUCACUGAACCCGACUCUGUUCAGGAACAUCGAGUACGACGUCUGGCACAAGACAAAGAGAGCUCAACAGAAGAUGGAUUAUUACAUCGCUGCUGGGAUGCAGUUCACUGUCGGAGACCGCUGUCAGGUUCGUCUUGAGGGGAGUGGACGGACCUACAACGCAACCAUCAAGGAGGUUCUUCCCAACAACGGCCCGGUGACGGUUUACAUCGAAGAACUGGGAAAGAAACAGGUCCCUCUGUGGAGUCUUCGUCCUCCCAGUGAGGAGGGCAGCUGGAGCACCGUGGUGAACCGAGACAAGAGGCUGAGCAACGGACACGGAGACUGGGAGGACCGUGGUCGAGGCAGAGGCAGGGGGAAACACGUCCCAGCAUCCUCCUCUGUUUCCCAGGCAACCGUCCCGGGCUCCGGUGGGCGCGUGCUGAAGCAGCACUCGUGGCCGCCGCAAGCCACCGUAGACGAGCAGACCGGGGCCAAAGCCAACAGGUCACUGAAGUCGGUGAGCUCGGUGGAGACUUCGUUCGGACUGACGGAGCAGGAGCGUUUGGCCAAAGAGGAGGAGGAGAGGAACGUGGCGCUGGUGGAGAUCCAGCUCAGAGACGAGCACAGCUUCCCCGCCCUCGGGACUCAGCCUGGGACGCAGAGCGACGGAGGGAAGAAGAAAGGAGGAGAUAAGAAAAGAUCUCAGAGAAACAAGACGAAGAGUCCGGUCGAAGAUGUCAGAGCGUCGUCUCCCUCUGCUGGUGAAAGACCAAAAUCUUCCACCCCACCACUCACCUCCACGGCUGCUGUGAAUACAGCUCCACCCGCCGACUCCUCGCCUCCUGCUGCAAAACCUCCUGCAAACUCCGACUCGCUCAAGGCUGCCUCUUCUGCCAGCGCCACCCCGGCUCCUAAAACAAGCGCACCUUCUUGCGCUUUAGCUACCGGAACAACGCUGUGUUCUCUUCCUGCUGCCCCGAGUACUAAACCUGCUGUGACGGGUGGUGCUGUGCCUUCCUCCGUCCCCUCCUCCGCCUCUCUCUUCUCCUUCCUCACCCCUGUGCUCCCCGCUGCGUCAUCACCCCCGACCUCCCACGCCCUCUCCUCAUCCUCCCCUCCACCCUUUUCUUCCUCUAAACUGUCCUCUCUUCCCCCUCAGUUGUCUGCCUCACCUCCACCUUCGUCUUCCCUACCACCUCCCACUUUCAUCGCUCCCAUCGCUCCCUCUCCAACUGCCACGCAUGGCUUCCUCCCGCGUUCCUCCCCGCCCGUCUCCUCACUCACCCAUUCCCCAAGUCCACCUCCCUCCUCCGCCCACCAUGCUGCCAAAGUCUACGAGGCUCCGCCAGUUUCAGGCCAAACUCCAAAUUCUUUGCCAAAUAUCGGAGCUACUGUGACAGCAUCCCAGAGCUUCCAGAGCCAAGCCUCCCUGUCCCAGCUUCUUCCUCAGGUGUCUCAGGUGAACCAGAGCCACGUCUCUGUGACCCAGACCUCGUCAAUCCAGGUUGAGAACCAAACCAAGCUUUCUCCGCCCGUAAACCAAAUCUUGAUGCCGCAAACACAGACCGAAUCCUGUCUUCCUGCCCUCCAUCAGCACCAACCUCAGUCCAACACUGACGUGGUGUCUCUGCCCCAAAACCAGAGCCAGGUCUCAUUAACCCAGGUGGAGAACCGAACCCAGUCUUUUUUGCCGGCAAACCAAACCUUGGUGCCCCAGAUGCAAAGCGAGGCCCCGUCCUCCCUCCAGCACCAGUCUCAGGUCCAGUACCCCUCGCCGACGGUGGCUGAGGUCCAGUCCUCUCACCCAGCUCCAGGAGCUUCCUACCCCCUCACCUCUCAGGCCUCAGUUCCUGUCUCCGCCUCCAUGCAACCCCAUCCUCACCUCCACGUCCACCCGGCCCAGCCUCCUCACCCCUCUCAAGUCCCACAUCCCUCCCUCUCCCUCUCUUCUUCCCCGACUCAUCCCUCCAACACCCAGAAUCAAACAGAGGCCCCGCUCCCUCCCACCCAGCAGGCUCAGCGCCAGGCCGACUCUCCGGCUCAUCCUCCCUCCCAGCAGUCACACGUUCCUCACCCUGCUCUUCAUGCCCUACUACAGUCUGCACACCCACCUCACCCCCAGUCAAUCCCAGGAGCUGUACCUCUGCAGCAGCUGUCCCAGAUCUACCAGGACCCCCUGUACCCUGGGUUCCCCCAGGGGGAGAAGGGCGACAUUGCUCCGAUUCCCCCCAUGUCCUCCAGCAAGUCAGGUGACGACUUGCCACAAGACAUCAACAUCUUGAGGUUUUUCUUCAACUUGGGCAUCAAGGCCUACUCCAUGCCUAUGUUCCUCCCCUACUUUUACCUCCUCCCCCUCCAGCAAGCCCACACCCUACACCCCAAGCUCCCGUCCCGUUCCCCCUCUCCUACCCCUCACUACCUUUCCUCCAACGCCCCCACCAGGCACCAGGAAGCGUACCCUCACUCCCAGUACCCUCCGACUUCAGCGUCAGCGUCAGUGCCGUCUCAGUACGACCACCAAGUCCCACUCACUGAACCGUCUCAUCCCAGUGAACCCUCCUUCAACCAGGCCGCGUACCCUGUCACCCAGCCUCCACCCAACAGGAUGCCAGCCCCCGGGCAAUGGCAGCAGCCGCAGGUGCCUCCACCCAGAAACACCAGCUUCCCGGUUGAGUAUCCCACCCCAAGUCCACCAUAUCCACUUCCCCCGCCCUUAUCUCAGGGCUACCCACCAGGUCAAGUCCCAGGACACCCAAUGUACCGUCCGAGCAUGCCUCCAUACCCACCCCCAUCUCUGGGAUAUCAGCCUUCAUCCACCCCAGAGGAGCUCCAGGUGAACCAGGGGCUGAUGGAGCAGCGUCAGCCUGCCAACGGGGACACAAUGCCUGGCCAAAGACCCAGCCGUGUCACAGGUCCUGCUGCUGCUAGCUUGGCUAAUGCUAACAACAACAGAACAGUGGUGGUUCCCAGCGUUGGCCUGAAGAAGGAGCCCGGAGACAGUUUGACCAAAGUGGUGCUGCUGGUGGACCCGCCACUCAAUCCCAACAAUCCCAUACUGGUUUCAAACCCUGCCAUCAAGGAUGUCCCCGUCUCCAUGACAACUGUGAAGACCAGCAGCACCCCUGCCUCUCCAUCACCGUAUGACAUCAUCUCCAAGACGACCAUCCCCAGUGACAACAACCCCUCUCGUGGUCACCGUGGCCACCAAAAACCACAUCACCAUCCCACCAACACGUACGUCCCACUGGGGGCAUCGGAGACCAGCCAGGUGAGUUACCUGACGACCUUUGGCAUGGCAGAGGGUCUGUCUGUCGGCUGCAGCACGGAGGACGACUGGGAGGAGCAGGCGGGAUUCAAACCGACGACCUUGACUCACCGAGGGACGAAGAGGAACUACAGAGGAGGAGGAGGAGGAGGAGGAGGAGGAGGUAGAGGCAGCCGAGGCCACGAUCCAGGGAGGGGGUCACACAGGAGGAGAUAUGAAGGAGAGCCGGGGGCGGGGUUUAGAUACGUCCAGUAUAGCUCCUCCCACAGGGGGAGGGGCCGGGAGAGAGGAUACUAGCUCUCAGCCAAUGAGAGGAGUGGACACACGAAGGUGUUUUUUGUUUUCUUUUUCCUCGUGAAGCGUGUUUCGUUUUCUUUAUGACAUCUUUUUUUUUUUUUUGUCACCAUCUGGAGCUCUAAUUGGUGGACGGGAUCGAUCGCACGUACAAAAUGAGUCACAAUCGCCUCGUUGUCAAACUCUAAAUCUCUUUUUUGUUUGUUUGUUUGUUUGUUUUGAAACGCUCUGACUCGUCGCAGAAACAGGAACACUAAGGUCGUCUUGACGACGCUCGUUGUUAGCUUUCGUAAAAUUUUUCAGCAGUUUAAACACAUUGACGAAUGUCAGGAGCUCGUGCGUCGACCUGAAAGUCUUUGGACGACUAUAAACGUGUUCGGAGUGACGUGGAUUUUUGUGCCCUGAAUUUUGACUUUCGUUCUUUGAAGGAAUAAUUCGACGCGACUCUAUUCGACUAUUCCAUCAGCCCUUGAACGCAGCAUAACAACUGAGAGCUUAGCGUGUGAAACCAAGUUCGGCGAGCACUUCUUCUGUUAGCGUCUGUUAGCACUGCGAGCUAAAAUAAAAACAAAGCGGAUAAAACGCUGCUUUAAAACUACUACAGUACACACAACGGCAAAGAAAGUUUAACUUGAAGCUGUUUUUUUGUUUUAUUUACUGCUGCUGGUUUCACGUCCUCUUCCCGUGUUUUUUUUUCUUUGGUCGGCUUUAAAGAACUCAAAAAAAACUCAGUGCCUUACGUUUGCUGCUUUUUACCGUCUUAUAUUUCGGGUUUAGGAAACACUGCUGUACAGAACAAAAAGGCUGUUUUGUCGUCUGUUUGAAUUUUCUAUGUGGUUGAAUAAAUAAAACUUUUUUUGGUUCAGAUGGA